AGUGUGGGUGGAACUAUUUGUAUACGAAAGUUUUGGGGGAAAAAUAGAUCGUCGUUCCGUGAAUAAAAGUAGAGAUAGGAAAGUAUAAACUUUUAUAAAGCCGAGAUUUCUCCAUCUCCGUGACUCUGGCUUCUCCCCCCUGUCUCAGCCACCGACAAAUUCUGUUCACACCAUUCGUCUCCGAUCAAAAUCCCAUCUUUCUGAUCGCAAUGCAUGCUCUCAAAGACAAGGUCUCACAAAAGCUUUCUAAUCUCUUCGCUGAUUCCCCAAGCCAAUCUGCUUCUCCACGCUUCUCCAACUCCGAUUCUCCAAAGGCUAAGUUGAGUUCAAGUGUAGGCAAAUCAUUGUCUUCGUAUUUCUCUUUUGUUGUUCCUCAAUCUGGGAAUGAUGAUGAAUUGGAAUCAUGUCCUCCUCUACCCAUUAGAACAGACAGCUAUGAGUCUAUUGAGAAUUGCAAACCUGAAAAUGGGCAAAGUAAAGCUGGGACCUUUAUCUCAAUUGAUGAAGAUAAGGAAUCAAGUAAAGGUGGUGAGUUAGCGAAAGGAGAAAUCGGUAACGAUUACUUGGAAGAAGUGAAGCAGAUGAGAGAAUUAACAGAAAGCUCUGUUUUUAUUACUGCUAACUUGUGUGAAUUCUUGCAAGCGAGUCUUCCGAAUAUUGUAAGGGGAUGCAAAUGGUUCUUGUUGUAUAGUACGUUGAAACAUGGCAUAUCACUUCGUACUCUUCUACGAAGAAGUGGAGAGCUUCCUGGUCCUUGUUUACUGGUUGCUGGAGACAAACAAGGUGCGGUUUUCGGCGCUCUACUAGAAUGUCCGUUGAGACCUACUCCGAAGAGGAAAUAUCAGGGUACAAGCCAGACAUUCUUGUUCACAACUAUUUAUGGGGAACCACGCAUAUUUAGACCUACCGGUGCCAAUCGAUAUUAUCUGAUGUGUAUGAAUGAGUUUUUGGCAUUUGGAGGUGGAGGAAACUUCGCUCUAUGCUUAGACGAAGAUUUGUUGAAGGCAACAAGUGGACCUUCUGAAACAUUUGGGAACGAAUGCUUAGCUAGCAGUACAGAGUUUGAGUUAAAAAAUGUCGAGCUCUGGGGAUUUGCACAUGCGUCUCAAUACCUCUCCUCCUGAUCUUGGAGAUCACUUUCUUUGUCAAGAAUCGAGAUACCUCAAUAGAAAACAAAGAUCACAGUCUUUAUUUUUUGUUUUCAAUCAGUUAAUUGUUUCAGUGUUAUGAUUAGGCUUAAGACUGUUUUUUUUUGUCAGACUAAAAUCCUUUGAAAGAGUGACUAUAUUACAUGUUUGUAUCUGUGAAUUACUGAGAAUACUAAUUCAGCUGGGAGCUUAUUGAACAUUGAUUUGACUGUAAUUCUAAGAUAGUGUUAAUGUUUGUUAUCUAAA